AUGUUGCUCUCCUUUCUUCCUUCUUUACUCUCCACCAUUCUCUCUUGCUCUCUGCCAUUUUCGAUUUCUGUCCAAACGUCUUACUCCCUGUUUAUUAUUCUUGCUCGCUGUCCCUCUCUCAGUUUGUUUGUUUGUUUGUUUCUAUCUAUCUAUCUAUCUAUCUAUCUAUCUCAAUCUGCUGGUCCCUCCUGGGUCCAACUUGACCUGAUGUGUCUAUCUAUCUAUCAUAUCUAUCUAUCUAUCUAUCUAUGUCAAUCUGUUCAUAUCUAUCUGUCUAUCAUCUAUCUAUCUAUCUAUCUAUCUAUCUAUCUAUCUAUGUUUGUUAAUCUGUUCAUAUCUAUCUAUCUAUCUAUCUAUCUAUCUAUCUAUCUAUCUAUCACAUCUAUCUAUCACAGUCUAUGUUUGUUAAUCAUUCAUAUCUAUCUAUCUAUCUAUCUAUCAAUCUAUUCAUUAUCUAUCUAUCUAUCUAUCAUCUAUCUAUCUAUCUAUCUAUUGUUAAGUCUAGUCAUUAUCUAUCUAUCUAUCUAUCUAUCUAUCAAUCUAUCUAUGUUAAUCUGUUCAUAUCUAUCUAUCUAUCUAUCUAUCUAUCUAUCUAUCUAUCUAUCUAUCUAUUCUAGUCAUUAUCUAUCUAUCUAUCUAUCUAUGUUUGUUAAUCAGUUCAUAUCUAUCUAUCUAUCUAUCAAUCUAUGUUUGUUAAUCUGUUCAUAUCUAUCUAUCUAUCUAUCUAUCUAUCUAUCUAUCUAUCUAUCACAGUCUAGUCAUUAUCUAUCUAUCUAUCUAUCUAUCUAUCUAUCUAUGUUUGUUAAUCUGUUCAUAUCUAUCUAUCUAUCUAUCUAUCUAUCUAUCUAUCUAUCUAUCACAGUCUAG